AUUAGUUUAAAGGUUCCUACUUUAUGAGUUAGGUUUCAAAAUACGUGCAAAUCUCAGAAACAAUGUACUUGAACAUGAAGGUCAAAGUGGAGGAACAGAUAGGAUUAACCAGUCUAGUCUGUGACACUGAAAGGUCGAGAUAUUGGAAGACUGAGCCUACGGUCUCAUUUUGGUUAAAGUUAAACGUGAUGGAGGUUCAUCAUUUCUUUGCUCUGUCACUGUUUUUCAUGUCAUUCUCAUCCGCUCAGCGUCCGAACAUUGUGUUUAUUGUGGCAGAUGACCUAGGCUGGCAUGAUGUUGGUUUCCGGAAUCCUGACAUGAAGACCCCGAACAUCGACAAACUGGCCACAGAGGGAAUCAUCUUCGAAAAUGCAUAUGUCCAGCCUCUGUGCAGCCCAUCCCGUGCAGCCUUUAUGAGUGGAAUGUUUCCAUUCCACGUAGGCAUGCAGCAUAGGACAGUGUUCCCUGACCAAGCGGUGUGUGUACCCCUCAACUAUACAUUCCUCCCCCAAGAACUAAAGAAACUCGGCUAUGCUACGCACAUGAUUGGAAAGUGGCACCUUGGUUUCUGCAAGUGGGAGUGCACACCAACGUACCGAGGCUUCGAUACUUACUUUGGUUAUUAUACUGCGUAUGAAGACUACUUCAAUCACACUGUUAGUCCGUAUGGGGGGCGUACAUCUGGGACGUACUUAGACUACAGGGACAACAAGCUUCCUGCUAGAAACUAUUCUGGAGAAUAUUCCACUUUCACAUUCACCCAGAGAGCCGUUGACGUCAUCAAUCGACAUGAUGUUUCACAGCCACUGUUCAUGUACCUCCCUUAUCAGAAUGUACACGCUCCUAUUGAGGUGCCCAAGAAGUAUGAGGAUAUGUAUCCAAAUGUGAUAAACAGCGGGCGAAGAACGUUGAGCGGAAUGGUGUCUGCCCUGGAUGAGGCAGUGGGUAAUGUUACCCAGGCCCUGAAGGAUCGGGGCUUGUUUAAUAAUACUCUGAUUCUAUUUACCACAGAUAAUGGAGGCCAGCUCGACGCGUUUUCCAGCAACUGGCCUCUGAGAGGAGGGAAAUUCACGAUCUGGGAGGGGGGCACGAGGGGCAUAUCCUUCAUGUAUGGUGCUGGCCUCAAGAAGACAAGGACGACAUACGAUGGAAUGAUUCACGCUGUUGACUGGAAGCCGACUUUAGUGUCUGCUGCUGGAGGAACUCCAGAAACCACCAUUGAUGGAAUGAGUCAGUGGGAUUCUAUUCGAAACGGCUUCCCGUCCAAAAGAACAGAGUUCAUUUACAACAUUGACGACUUUGAAGUCCCAAUCGAGGGACAUGCUGGAAUAAGAGUAGGCGACUACAAGCUGAUACUGGGGUACCCUGGAGGUCCUGAUGGCUGGCACAGACCCAUGAACACAACCCAGUAUGAACAAUAUGAACAGACAGUUUAUGUCAAAGGAGAUUCUCCAGUCCAUCUCUUCAACAUUCGAGUGGAUCCGACUGAGCACAACGACCUUGCACAGCAGAUGCCGGACAUGGUGGCGAAGUUGCGUUCCCGUUUAGAGGAGUACAGGAAGACGAUGGUGCCAGCCAAUUUCCCCGAUCCGGAUCCAGCAUCUGACCCCCAAAAGUAUGGAGACGUUUGGAGCCCCGGGUGGUGCUAAUCAGAUGUACUUGUGUCAAUACAUCUACAUAUGGAUCA